AAGCUAGGCACCGUGCUUAAGGUCAUCCAUGAGGUUAUUGCGGGGCUCACCAUCGUCUGCAGCGACGCUGAGCAGAUCUGCCCUCCAUCAGAUUACAACAUCUGCCUGCUGGACAAGGACAAGCACACGCCGCCGACUCUUUAGUGAUCGACCCUUCCAGGCAGACGAUCUCGUUCUCCUCCGCAACAAGAACGAUCGCACCGCCCCGCCAAUCCUCUCGAAGCCAUUGAAGCCUGGCAGGCGUAUUGAAUCGCAUAGGGGCGUGGUUCUCCACGACGACCUCAUUGGCAGAAGGGUGCGCGAUGUUGUGCGGGCGCAAACUCCUCGAAGUACCAAGGGCACCGUUGGGGCAGAGUAUCGCUUGCAUCAGGUGACGCUUGAUGACUACUGUCGUCUCAGCAGGCGCCUUGUCACGCCAAUCUAUCCUGCAGAUGCUAAUGUCAUCUGCUCGCUGCUCAAUCUUCACCCUUCGUCCCCUGGGACCGAAGGUGAUGAUCCCAUAGAGAUUCUUGAAGCUGGCACAGGGCAUGGCGCGCUCACUAUGUAUUUGAGCCGUGCCAUCUGGAACAGCCAUGCGGUGUUGCAUACCAUUGAAAUAUCUCCAAAGUUCUCUGCACACGCCCAAGAUGUUAUUUCGGCAUUCCGUGGCGGCAUCUAUGCACAAAACGUCAAGUUCCAUGUUGGAGAUGUGAGCGAGUGGAUAGCAGAGGAGAAAUGCUCUCGCGGAGCUGACGGCGAACCAUUCCUCGCGCACGCCUUCCUCGACCUACCGAACGCCGAUGCUCACGUCGAGACCUUAGCCGGAGCAUUGCAGAUAGACGGUAUGCUGAUCGUCUUCACUCCGUCCAUCUCGCAGAUCACCGAGCUCGCUAUGAAGAUCAAAGAUCAAGGCAUACAGUUGGAUCUCGAAAAGGUGAUAGAACUUGGAGUCAAUGGCAGCAGUGGAGGAAGGGAAUGGGAUGUACGGUUCGUGCGGACAAGGGCAGAGCAGAGAAAGGAGAUUGAACAGGAAGAGCUUGCUACAACAGAAGACUCUCAACACAGUGGACAUGAGCCUCGCGACGCAGAGUCAGCUCCUGUUCAUGCAGAGGCUGUCAAGUGGUCUUCAAUCUGCAGACCAAAGGUGGGUGAUCGCAUUAUAGGGGGCGGCUUCCUCGGAGUCUGGCGAAAGCAGCGAGAUAUGCGAUGAAAGCAUACCUCAAGUUUGGUCAUGCCCGGAAGCUCGGCGCUCCUGUAAUGCUGGGAGCUUGAUGAUCAUUCCCGGUUUAUCUCGCAGUUUCUGGCAGCAUUGCCUCAUUUGGAUGAGGGUCUGCUGACAGAUUUUCUCCUCUCAAAUAACUCCCUUCAACCCAGGACAGGACCAAGCUUGAAAUGAAAGCGACAGCGAGCUAUGCUAUGUCUGGAGUAUUCCAGCACAGGACAGCCUCGGCGAGCAUGUUCCGCAGGCUUGAGGCAGAGAUUGACAUGCUGCACUGAGACUUGAGCAGGAGCGCACAUCGAGGGCGCGAAGAAUGAAACUCUUGGCGCUAUUGUAAAGAAUGGCUUACACUGGUAUCUAAUCGUGUUGUGGACAACGGAUCUAAACAUGCCGACGUCGAUGAGUAGAUUGGGGCCGACUGGUUGAUGCAUGGCCAUGAUGAACAAUUGGAAAUUGGUCAUUGCCGGUGCUUUGGGGUUGUAGAUGACAGCUUAUGUAGUCCGGAAGACAAAGUCAC